AUGAGAAAUAUCCAGGGAAGCUGCACGUUCUCCGCGUCAGGACGUGCGUUGUUCCGCCGACAGUCUAGACAUUUUGUAUUCUCUACUUGUCCAGUGCUCGCAAAUGAUAGAUUCACAGAUACCUUCAAAGCAGGUAGUGUCCUGUGCAUCGCUGGCCCAUGUUCUAGUGGCAAAACCUUACUUGUUCUGCAUAUUUUGGCGGACAUACUGAGCAGUUAUGGUAUGUGCGAGCAAGCGGUAUAUCUGGAUUUCGAUUUAUCAUUGGAUUUAAUGGUACUCAAACAAAUAGUAGGGAAUCAGAUUGCUGAAUAUGGACUCACCGGAGCAGCACUAGAAGCGGAAGUAAGCUCAAGUUUUGACAGACUUGUUUACUUUCCUGUUUACGACAUGCACGACACUCACCACUUAUUCGUUGCGUUAGAUGCAUACUUUCAAUCCAGCGAUUCCAGGGUCUUAGUAAUCGACUCAAUUUUGACUAAAUCAGGUACUUUUGAGGAUGAAUUGGUGGCGAAGUGUUUGCAAUUGUUGAUGCGAUUGUGUAGGGACCAUGGUCUCCUGAUGGUAUACACAAAACGUGAGGGGGGCAGCUUCACCUUGCCAUUUAACGUUGCAACUUUGUGCCCCCACGACCUCUUAUCUGAGGCUCAUGCUUCACUCAGCCGGUACAAUGCUGAUUUAUUGCGCAAUAUUCUCACCUUUGGUCUCCCCGUGGAUUGGAUACCGCUAGGUGAGCGCGUCGCCAAGCGGCCCUUUAAUGAGAUGCAAUCAUCGAGCCAACUCACGAGAAAGCGCUCCAUUGAUUCUGUUCGAGCGUUUUGGAGACGAAAAAAAGAUUCGUUUGACGUCGGUUGUGGUUUUCCUCACGUGGGUGGAGGGCGUUCUGAUAACUCCGGCGUAAUGUUGUGUUGUCUACCCUGUCGCAGAGCAUCCAUUGAUGGGAGUGGUUACAUAGGCUGUGUUUACAAAAUCAACUCUCCAAAUUCACCCACUGAUACGUUUACCACUGCAAUGCAUACACGAAAGUGUUGGCAAAACGCUCGUGGCAUCCGCCGUCUACUCCCAGUGUGGCUAGGAAUCUGGACCUCGGAAGACGAAGACGACAUGUUUCUCGCUGAUGAUUGUUCGGAGUUCCAAGAAGUAAGGACGCAAGAUAUAGUUAUGAGUGAGCAACUAAUGAUGGAGUCAACUGAAAACGACAAGGCAAACGCAGUUGUUCGGCCUUGUACGAUACAUUCACGAAACCUGUGGUCGCCCUUAACCCAUAUAACGAUGGAUGAUAAUACGCUACAUAGCUUAAAGUUCGGCCUUUUUAGGAUCGGUGAGGACACUGCUUUGCGAUCUCAACUGUUUUGUCUGCACCGUUAA